AUGGCAUCGAGCUUAACUUUGCAGCAAAUGUUUCCCUGGACACAGGCACCGUUGAUAUGCUCAGCGCCCAUGCGUGGCGUCUCUGGCGCGGCUCUGGCCGUCGCCGUAUCUGCAGGUGGUGGGCUUGGGUUCAUUGCUGGCGCCGACGACGUUUCAACCCUAGAGGGCAAAUUCGAAGCAGCCAAACGCCUUGUUGCCGAACAAAAGGCUCAGUCUGAAAGCCCGGAAGAGAACCCGUUGUUGCUCCACACCGGAUCAACGCUUCCUGUGGGAGUAGGAUUCCUUAAUUGGGGUGCUGAUAUCGAAGUUGCACUUCCACUCAUCGUCAAGUACCGCCCCGUAGCGGUGUGGCUCUUUGCCCCUCGCGAUGGCGCUGCUGACCAGCACCCAUGGGUACGACGGAUUCGCGACCAGACGGACGGCGAUGUAUCAAUCUGGGUCAUGGUCGGAGAUAUUGGAGAUGCGACUGAUGCCAUGAAGCAUCUCCAACCUGACGUUUUGGUUCUUCAGGGCGCUGAUGGAGGGGGCCACGGACUCGCUACCUCGGCCAGUAUCCUGGCGCUUGUGCCAGAGAUGGUGGACAAGCUUGUGGCAAGGCAUCUCGACGAUCCACUCCGCGCUCCUAUUCCCAAAAUUGUCGCAGCUGGAGGUUUAGUGGACGGACGUGGCAUCGCAGCUGCGCUUAUGCUUGGCGCCGAAGGUGUUGCCAUGGGCACGCGCUUUCUAGCGUCAUUCGAGUCAGAGAUCACCAAAGAAUACCAAAAGGCGGUUGUCGACACCCAAGAUGGCGGUAGAUUCACGAUCCGCUCCCCAAUCUUCGAUAAAGCACGCGGCACCAUUUUCUGGCCCCCCAAAUACGCGGCACGCGGCGUCAUUAACAGGACGUAUUCCGAUUUCGCACAAGGGAAGGUGACUGAAGCCGAUAGCUUCUCGCAAUAUCAACAAGACUUGGAGAAUGCGCAGGUCAAGUAUGGUGUCAAUGGUCGAAUCAAUACCCUUGUAAGCACCGCCGUCGGUCUUGUGAAGGAAGUGCUUCCCGCUGCCGAGAUUGUCCGGCGUUAA